UCGCCAACAGUCUGAUGCGGUUAGAAUCUUUUUUGUGCGUUUCAAGCUUAUUUCAACGAGUUUCGCUACAUCGCUGUGUUCAAAUUUUGUAUGGAGAAACGUCAAAUGCGCUCGUCAGCGCAACGAAGUUUUGCCAACUUAAUAGAAGAAGAAGGCUCGUAAUGGCGUCCAUACUGUCUUCGCGCAACGGUCGAGUGCACCGGAAGUUGUCGUCAAGUAGCAAGGAAAGGAAUGGAGCUAGCCAUGUUGUACUUUCGCUUCUGAAUAGGAGGAAAGGAAUACUGGAAGUGCAGGGUUACUCAAGAAUGCAUAUCGAUUUGAAGAGUGUGGAGUUGGAGAUUGGAAACAUCCGGGACCUUCAGGUCAGAGUUCGAGUGCGGGAGGGCCACAUACAUAAGUUCCCUUGGGCAAGGAACUAACAUACAAUUGCCUCUCUCUCCGGAGUGUCAGGUUCUGUCCAAGAAGCAAAGAAGAAGUUUACAUAUAGACAGUGACUGCUGAUAGUGUUUCAAUUGUAUACUAGUAUCGUAGAUUGUAUACUAGUAUCGUAGAAAGUAUAGUAGCAAGUACUUAGUAGUGUCUGCAGUAACCUGGGCCCUAAGGGUCCUUGUAACAAAAAAAAAAAAAAAAUGUAUGUGUAUAUAUAUAUAUAAAGAUAAGG